CCGAAGGCGUCUCAGCCCCGUUCGAAACGUUGUCAGCACCUGAGGAGGUAAACCCGUCCUACGCUCCUUACAAUAACAAUAAUAAUAACACGACUUGUCCAGAGAACCACUUUCUUCUUGCUACGAGAUCAUUCUCUCCAUACUCCGUAACCCUCCCUGUUCUGUUGCACACUCGCUGUCGAGUGAGUCGAUCUUUCUUCGUGCAGUUCUUUGUUGUCGGACCCUUUCUUCAACCUCAAAUACCUCAGGGUAAUACCCUUUGUAAGAUUCCAAGCCAUUGGGACUCCCUUAUGCUCAUAUCCAGGCCAGAAACACUUUCUAUCGUUGCUGUAUACCCUGAGCCUUCCUGAGCAGUAUCGGUUUUCGACAAUUGUCCAGUAAUCCUUCAAGAUGUGUGGCAUCUUUGGCUACAUCAACUACUUGGUAGAGAAGGACCGCAAGUUCAUCCUCGACACAUUGCUCAAUGGUCUCUCCCGAUUAGAAUACCGAGGUUACGAUUCGGCCGGUCUAGCAAUUGACGGUGACAAGAGAAAUGAAGUCUUCGCUUUUAAAGAGGUGGGAAAGGUGGCAAAGCUGCGGGAGAUGGUGGCAGAGUCAGGUGUCGACAUGACCGCGAUCUUUGACUCCCAUGCUGGUAUUGCCCACACCCGUUGGGCAACCCACGGUCAACCAUCAAGAACAAACUGUCAUCCUCACAGAUCUGACCCCAAGUGGGAGUUUGCUGUUGUCCACAAUGGUAUCAUCACAAACUACAAAGAACUCAAGGCGCUGCUCGAGGGCAAGGGCUUCAGAUUUGAAACUGACACCGAUACCGAAUGCAUUGCCAAACUUGCAAAGUUCCUCUACGAUGCCCACCCAGACAUCGAUUUCACCACUCUCGGAAAGGCCGUCAUCAAGGAACUCCAGGGCGCUUUCGGUCUCCUCAUGAAAUCCGUCCAUUUUCCCUCGGAAGUGAUUGCGGCUCGAAAGGGUUCUCCUUUGGUUGUUGGUGUGAAGACACAAAAGAAGCUGAAGGUGGACUUCGUGGACGUUGAAUACGAGGGAGACGGUGGUGCUCUGCCUGCGGAGAGGGCAAAUCACAACGUGGCGCUGAAGAAGAAGGCUCCGGGUCUCCUGUCACCUGGCGGACACCUCGCGCCCCCAGACAAGUCUCUACUCCACAGAUCGCAGUCUCGUGCCUUCUUGUCCGACGACGGCAUGCCUCAACCUGCCGAGUUCUUCCUGUCAUCGGACGCCUCAGCCCUGGUUGAACACACAAAGAAGGUUCUCUACCUUGAGGAUGAUGACAUUGCUCACAUUCACGAUGGCCAGCUCAACAUUCACCGUCUUACAAAGGACGACGGCACGAGUAACGUUCGUGCCAUUCAGACCAUUGAACUCGAGCUCCAAGAAAUCAUGAAGGGCAAAUUCGACCAUUUCAUGCAAAAGGAAAUCUUCGAGCAACCAGAGUCUGUGGUCAACACCAUGCGUGGUCGUCUGGACGUCGCAAACAAGAGUGUUGUUCUGGGAGGUCUCAGACAGUACAUGAGCACCAUCCGCCGAUGCAGAAGAAUCAUCUUCAUUGCUUGCGGUACAAGUUACCACUCGUGUAUGGCCGUCAGAGGUGUUUUUGAGGAACUUACAGAAAUUCCAAUCGCGGUCGAGUUAGCUUCGGACUUCCUUGACAGACAAGCGCCAGUCUUCCGCGACGAUACUUGUGUCUUCGUCUCCCAGUCUGGCGAGACGGCAGACUCCUUGAUGGCUCUGCGGUAUUGCUUGGAACGUGGUGCGUUGACCGUUGGUAUCGUCAACGUUGUCGGCUCCUCGAUCUCCAUGCUCACUCACUGUGGUGUGCAUAUCAACGCUGGACCCGAAAUUGGCGUUGCCUCAACCAAAGCCUACACGUCCCAGUUUGUCGCCAUGGUCAUGUUUGCCUUGUCACUUAGUGAAGAUCGUGCCUCCAAGGCCCAACGCCGGGCCGAAAUCAUCGAAGGCUUGGGCAAGGUCAGCGAGCAGAUCCGCGAGAUCCUGCAACUCAACGACUCAAUAAAAGAGAUGUGCGCCAAGUUCCUUCAAAAGCAGAAGUCGCUUCUCCUGCUCGGCCGUGGCAGUCAGCAUGCUACUGCUCUUGAAGGUGCACUGAAGAUCAAGGAAAUUUCCUACUUGCACUGCGAAGCAGUCAUGUCAGGUGAACUCAAGCAUGGUGUUUUGGCUCUUGUCGAUGAGAACUUGCCAAUCAUCAUGAUUCUCACUCGCGAUGACAUCUUUGCGAAGUCACUGAACGCAUAUCAACAAGUCAUUGCUCGUAAUGGCCGCCCAAUUGUCAUCUGCAACAAGGACGACCCUGAAUUCCCGCCAACCAAGACCGAACGUAUCCAGGUUCCAAAGACCGUUGACUGCUUGCAAGGUCUCCUGAACGUCAUUCCAUUGCAGCUGAUCGCUUACUGGCUCGCGGUCGCAGAGGGAUUGAACGUCGACUUCCCACGAAACUUGGCCAAGUCUGUUACAGUCGAGUAAGCUGUGUUUGGUGCUUGUUGAGGAUUUUAGCAAUUGCAUUGUCUGUUGUGUCCCCACGUCCGUUCAUGCAGCGAUGGAAAAGGAAUUUGGCGUACAGCCGGGUGUUUCUGGUAGACAUUCACCGAGAACUCCUUGAAAGGACAUGUAGAACUACAUGGAGUUACUGGCGUAAUUAGAUGAGAAUGAGUAUGAGACGAUGAUCUUUUCAGCA